GUCAGAUAUAAGGCCAUAGUAAAGUACAAGACUGCCUUCUACUCCUUCUACCUCCCUGUGGCAGCAGCCAUGUACAUGGCGGGCAUCGACAGUGAAGAGGAACACAACCACGCCAAACAUAUCUUACUGGAGAUGGGAGAGUUCUUCCAGAUACAGGAUGACUACCUGGAUUGCUAUGGCGACCCGGCGGUGACAGGGAAGAUUGGAACAGACAUCCAGGACAACAAAUGCGGCUGGCUGGUGGUGACCGCUCUAGGGGUCAUGACCCCGGAACAAAGGGCAGAGCUGGAGUCAUGUUAUGGUCGGCAUGACAGUGUGGAGAAGGUGAAAGCACUGUACAACACCCUACAGAUGCCCACCCUGUACCACCAAUACGAAGACGACAGCUAUCAGCGCUUACAGAAACUCAUCGCGCGUCACGCCCAAAACCUUCCACACGCAGUUUUCCUCAACUUCGCCAAGAAAAUCUACAAGAGAAACAAGUGAAGACUAUGAUGAGAAGACUGUUUUUAUUUAGUGUGUGUUACUGUAGCUGGACUGAGGAGGGCUAGUUGGUGUGGCUGCUUCCAUUUCGGUCCCUUGCCCCUACCCCUUCAGUGAACACCAUGGGGUUAAGGGCUAGGGCAGGGCUCUCCAACCCUGGUCCUGGAGAGCUACCAUCCUGUAGGUUUUCGCUCCAACCCUAAUCUAACACACCUGAUUGUAAUAAGAGUGGAAACCUACAGGAGGGAAGCUCUCCAGGAACCGGAGUUGGGGAG